AUGAUUUUUCAAAUACUAGUAAUAGUACUCGGCGUCGUUUUUGUAACUGGAGAGCCGCAAUCACGUCUAGUCAUUACAGCUCAAGGACCUGUGAGGGGUUAUAAACAACCCGGUGAUGACGUGUAUGUAUUUCAUGAGAUACCUUACGCCACAGCACCGACUGGACCACAUAAGUUCAAAGCCCCUCUUCCUCCACCAAGUUGGUCAGAACCAUUCGAAGCAGUUCAAAACAACAUUGUAUGUCCACAAGUACCUCAAGAACGACAUACUCAAGGCAAAGAAAUAAAAGUGCAAGAAGACUGUCUCAUUACUAACGUUUAUGUGCCCGACACAGAAGCUAAAAAUCUUCCUGUGCUAAUUUAUGUACACGGAGGAGCAUUUCAAUAUGCAUUUGGCUCAGUUAAAACACCAAUUAACUUGGUAAAAACAAAAAAAAUAAUAGCAGUCAACUUUAAUUAUCGCCUUGGUCUUCACGGUUUCCUUUGCCUGGGGACAGAAGAUGUACCAGGUAAUGCUGGAUUGAAAGAUCAAGUAGCAUUACUACGUUGGGUUCAAAAGAAUAUUGCUUCUUUUGGAGGAAAUCCAAAUGACGUUACAAUAGCUGGAUGGAGCGCUGGGGCUUCAUCUAUAGAUUUAAUGGUACUUUCACCAAUCACUAGAGGUUUAUUUCAUAAAGUCAUACCUGAAAGUGCAGCUGGUAUAUCAGCAAUAACUAUACAAAUGGAUCCAUUGGAAAACGCAAAAUUUGUAGCAAAUAAAUUCAACUUCGAUCACGGCAACGAUAUUAAUGCUUUAGAAGCAUUUUACAAGAAUAUGUCUUACUCGAAUUUAAUUAACGCGGAUGUAUUAAGUACGCCAAAUGCUGCUACUCUAAUCUCACCAUGUAUUGAACGAGAUGUGGGUGAUGAAAUAUUCUUGGGGGAAAAUGCAUUAGAUAUUUUGAAAAGAGGAGACUUCCCAAAACUACCAACUUUGUAUGGUUGUACUGACCGAGAAGGUAAAUAUCGAAUAGAUAAUUUCGAUACGUGGAAAGAUAUGAUGAACGAAAAUUUUUCUAUUUUUCUUCCACAAGAUUUAGAAUUUACAAACGAUGAGCAGAAAGAAGAAGUGGCUCAAGAAGUUAAACAAUUUUAUUUUGGCAAUCAGUCUAUAAGUGAAGAAAAUAUUUUAAGCUACGUCGAUUAUUUCACGGAUACUAUGUUUUCAUAUGGAAUAGCAAGAGCUAUUAAAAUGCAGGCUGAAGCUGGCAACGAUAAAAUUUAUUUGUAUUAUUAUAGCUUUGUUGACGAUGAUGAAAAUUAUAUUCCGCACACAAAUAUUCGUGGCGCCCGACAUUGCGCUCAGAAUUAUGCAGUACUAGACCGUUUACCCAACGAGGAAAACAUAUCGGAAGAAAACAAAAAAAUGAAGAUUAUCAUGAGAGAUUUAUGGUUAAACUUCAUCACAACGGGGGAACCUGUAACUAAAGAUUCUUCUUAUCCAGAAUGGCCUCCUACGGAUGAAAAUCGAUCACCUUAUAUGUCGCUAAAUAUCACUCCUGAACUGCAUACAUCGUUUCUUCAUCAGCGUGUUUUCUUCUGGGACAAUAUUUACGAUAAAUAUUAUAAACCACCAGUGCCGCCCCAUUAGUUCUAUCCGUUAUUUUGUUUAUUUAAUAAAAAAGUUUUUUUUAUGUAUAAUAGUAGUUUUUAAAUAUCCGAAGUUACCUUUGUAAUAUAUACUGUUGAUAUAAUAUCUUGUUCUUAAUAUAAUCCAAUUAGAGUCACUCUGCUUUCUCAGAAUUUCCUCAGC